UAAUAAGUGCGCGAGUGCCAUAUAGGCAUGAAAUAUAGAAUUUAAAAUUUAUUUACAACAAAUAGUUAUUUUAUUUAAGUGAUUAAAAUGUCUAAUGAUAACGCUAAAGUAUCUGAUUCUGGGUACACGAAUACUAAUGAAAACAGUCAGUCUCAACGAAGGAGUGGAAGUUCCCUUUCUCGAAACAGUAAUCGUUCAGAGAGCAGUGGAUAUUGUGGUGGCCACCCUUCUAAUUCUGGCACACGCAAUGAAGCUCCUCCGCAGCCAAUCAAUAAGAAAAAAGUCAAAGAACACAAAAAGAAAAAGUCAAAGACUACGACUCCUGUUAAAUCUGCGAGCCAACAAACCAAGAUUGGACCUUACACAGUGGUUUCCAAUGCACUGGAUCAGAAGCUUGAGAAAUCAGAAGAUGUAGGUAAUGUAGAAUUGAUGGAUGCUACUGAUCUUGGUGAGCCCAAAAGCGACUCAAAGUUCAUCAUACCUGAGAGAGAAAUUGGUUCUCAUAUAAACUCUCUGGACAAUAUCGGCCCAAAUUUAAAUGAUGGGUUUUACUUGGUUGUGUCAUUGAUUGACGGAAUCAUACUCUAUUCAUCGGCUUCUUUGCAGAAAGUGCUUGGCUAUCCGAAAGACAGCUGUAUUGGUUCUUUAUUAAUAGACCUAGUCCAUCCGAAUAACCGAGGGUUACUUACAGAGAAAGUCGCUGAGAGAGUUUUUUUGUCUUCUUCAGAUAUUCGCAAAGAAAAUGUUAAAGAACAAGAAAUAAGUUUCUUUUGUUACUUGCGAUGUUAUACAAACAAUGUUCAGCUCGUUGACGCCUCAAAUUUAAAAAAUAAUUCAUCCAAUAAAUUUUCUGAAGCAAUAGACAAUAAUAAUUAUCCAACUUCAAUACCAACUUAUUUACCAUUUUAUAUGAGUUUGAGGCUUAAUAAAAAUCAUUCUGAAUUACCAGACAGUACACAUCCAAUUUUGAUGUCUUUAACCAUUAAAUCAGUGCCAGUUGUUUCUGCUUAUGGAGCAGCAGAUAAAACAAUAACCUCAAUCGCAAGUUCAUUUACAACUCGGCAUAAUACUAACUGCCGCCUGUCUCACGUCGACGAUGAAGUGCUUUAUUAUUUCGGUUAUUUACCUCAAGACAUGCUGAGCCAAUCAAUAUGUGAUUACUACCAUCCCGUGGAUAUGCCCAUUAUCAAAGAGAUCUACAAAACUAUUAUUAGACACUGUGGAGCGGCGUUCAAGUCGAAACCAUACAGAUUUAAUAUUAAAAACGGAGAAUAUGUGUUAUUGGAGACCGAAUGGUCAGCAUUUAUCAACCCUUGGACGAAAAAAAUUGAUUUUAUUGUAGGUCAACAUCGCGUUGUUCGUGGUCCUGUUAACAUAAAUAUAUUUGACGACUCGCACCGUCAAUUAUCCGGGUCAAUGACUAAUAAAAUAACAGAUAAAUUUACCGAAGAAGUAUUGAUUAAAUCGAAGAUUAUCGAGGGCGAGAUCUGUGCCCUCCUUGCUGAGAAAAUCCAGACGUCGUCCACCGCUAACUACGACUUGACUAUUAAAUCCAAAGAUAUUGCAUCAAUCAUUGAGAACAUUACCAAUGAUCAUAUUAAAUUAUCACUGCCCACCUCUGGGGCAUCUGUGAUGGAUUUGGAUGAUAGAAGAUUUUCGGAGCAUGAAAGUGUAAUGGUUGGAGAGAUCUCACCUCACCACGAAUACGGUGGUAGCAAAUCGUCCAGUGAAACGCCGCCAAGUUACAAUCAAUUAAAUUAUAAUGAAAAAAUAGAAAGAUUUUUUAAAAGUAAACCAAUCGUUAAAACUGCUUACGGCAGUGAUGAGGAAACCUUUCAUUUCAAUGCUCAAAGUUUAAAUACAAAUGCGCUGAAGAAUGAUAGUGGCGGCAGCGGAAGUGGAGAAAAUUUAAGCCACGAAUCUAUUAAUCUGACCAGUGGAAAAGACGACAUAUUUAAUAAUAAUAGUAGUUUAAUUCCAACUGACAAUUUCCGGCCAAUGGCUCUUACUAAAAUGUUGCUUGAAAGACACAAUCAUGAUAUGGAAAAACUUAUGGUUCAAAACCACAAAGAACGUCAGUCAAACAUUAAAACUGGAAAUAUUAGUAAUAAUUGUAAAAACAACAAUAAUGACUGUUAUAGUAAUUAUUUAAAUGUUAAUAAUAAUAAGAAAAACAACAACAACAGUAAUAAUAAUAGUGAUGAUAAUAAUAAAAGUGUCAAUAAUAAUAAUGAUAAUAAUAACAAUAAUGAAAUGACUGAAGAGCCGAGCUCAGAAAGAUCCGAAAAGGAAAAAAUUCAAGAUAAAAGUCGAUGUGGAAAACGUAAUGGUAGCGUAAUUAUCGAGGCUGAAUAUAUUAAGGCAUUCAAAUACAGCAAAAAAGCUAAAAUUUGUCCAAAGAAUGGAAAGAGUCUUAGCAUAAAUAAAAUAAGAUUUGAAAAGUCACCAAUCGACGAAUCUAUGACCCAAGAUGACAGUAUGAUUAAAUCAAUAGACCCUGAAAAUUCACAACCGUUACCACUCACAGAAACCCUUCUCACUAAGCACAAUAAAAAUAUGGAGAAACUGAUGAUACAAAAACACAAAGAUCAAUCGUCAAACUUUAAAGCUGAUAAGAGUAAUAUCAAUCUUCGAAGAAAGCGCGGAGUAUCUGAAGAACCGGAGCUCAACAGUUCGCUUAACAAAGCGUGUCAUUGGAAUUGUUCUGUAGGAUAUUCUUGUAAAAACGAACUUUUUAAGAUACCAAAAUACAAUAAGAAAAAUAAAAAUAGCGUUAAAAGUAAUAAUACUGCGCCAUAUAUGAAAACAAAAAUAGAUAAAUUAAUAAUAAAUGAUCCUCGUUCAAAUCUUGGUAUGUGGCCUUUAAUUCAUCAAAAUCCAUUGCGGUGUUCUGGUCUAACUCAAAUCUUGCCGAUUUACUACUUGCCUAUUUCACAAUCAGAAUCCGAUUCUCAAAAUACGGAAUCACAAUCAGCUCAGCAGCAACAUCAACAGCAGCAGCAAGAACAAUACCAGCAAAGUUCAUUUUUAUCGUACACGCCAUCAUUUUCAGGAAUUUAUCAUUCAACAAUUAUUGGAGGCUCAGCAUUUAUUCCGAUGAUUUAUCCCUCGUUAAUGACUCAGUUACCAAAUAAAUCAAACAAUCAACUAAGAGCCACAUUUUUAUCAAAAAAUCUGUCAAUGGAACAAAAACGUCCUGCAAGUCAAGCUACCAGUGUCAAAGCUGAGCCCGGUAGUAUCAUGGCAAUGUCUGAGUCGUCGAAAAAAUUAUUUUCACCUAGUGCCCAUCACUUGCCGUGUGUCAGCGUAGAAAGCAUAAAUGGACCAAACGAUUCAAGCAUUGAAGACUCUAGCGACUCCAGCUUUUAUGGAAGUUUUUUGAACACAAGCACUAACAGCAGUUCUAAUCGAGAGGAACCUGCUGCCCACACUGCCCGAUUCCUCGAGAUAAAUGCAUUGAAAUAUGCUGAAGGCGAGACAAUAAGAAGACGUUUCGCAAUGGUAAAUAACCUAAAGAAUGAUACUGAACAGUACAAUACGGAAGCAGCAACACCAUUACUACCACAAAAAAGUUUACCUUGGUACCACGGUGUAAAGAUGACCCCCGAAAUAGCAUACAACUAUCAAAUGACUCCAAAAGUAUUGAGCGAAGUCCUAAAAACCGAUCUCCAGGUCCUCAAGACAUUAAAACAACCUCUUCUCGUCAACGAACAGCUUGAUCAGCUUUACCGUGACCUCGAGCUAGGAGACUUCGGCACUAAACUUCUUUUAGAUGACAGUAAUUCGUCGAAUGAUAGCAAACGUACCAACCAGAGCAACAAAUUCAAUGUUUCAUCUCAGGUGAGACACCACUGCACAAACGCAUAAGAAGAGAAAUGAAGUACAACAAGUACGCAAUGAUUUAUGAAGAAGAUGCACCUUUGCCAUCAUCUUAACCGUAAUUAAUUUAAUUAAUUUAAGUCACAAGAUAUCUUAAUUAUCGUUUUUCUAUAAGUUGACAAUAGAUACCAAUUUAUUGCAAGCAAAGAAAUAUUUUUUAAUACACAAAUUUUAUUAUUAAAUAAUAGAAUAUAUUUUUGAUCAAUAGUCCAAUUAAUCAAGUUUAAUAUAGUAUUUAUUAUUAUUAGUUGGUAUAUAUAUUUGAAUUAUAACAUCCAAAAGGAUAUUUAGAGAAAUAUGAAUUGAUCUGAAUGCUUUUGCAUUUCAUUUUGGAUAUUAUUAUAAGAAUAUGACUUAUAAUGAUUCAUAAAAUAUAUUGAUUGUACUAUUUUUUUUUCUGAUUGCAAAUUUUUAUAAAAUAUUAUUGUGUAAAUUUUACAUAAUUAUUAAACAUGAUUUACUCUUUUUAGAUUACAUUAUAUUUUUUAAUUAAAGUUUAAUUGAAAUAUCUAGUCAGGGUUUAUAUAUAAACUAACGUAAUUUAGUGACAUAAUAAAAAAAAAAUAUGACAUUUAAUGUGUGAACCCAAUAAAAUUGUACUUGAUCUAGUCGAUAGCUUUAUGCUGAAGCCAAGUAUUCGUAUAGAGUUUAAUGUUAUUUAAAGUUGAACUAAAGACGGGAACAUCAAUUACU